AUGGUGAAGUUCAUGAAGCCGGGCAAGGCGGUGAUCCUGCUGCAGGGCAGGUACACCGGAAAGAGGGCGGUGAUCGUGCGCGUGUUCAAGGAGCAAAACCGCGACCGCCCCUACGUGCACUGCCUAGUCGUCGGCCUGGACAAAUACCCGAAGAAGGUGAUCCGCAAGGACUCGGCUAAGAAGACGACCAAGAAGUCCGGUGUCAAGGUCUUCCUCAAGCUCGUCAACUUCACCCACCUCAUGCCCACCCGCUACACCCUCGACGUCGACCUCAAGGAGGUGGUCUCCGGCACUCCUGACUUCCUCACCACCAAGGACAAGAAGCUCACCGCCGCCAUGUCUGCUAAGACCAAGCUCGAGGAUAGGUUCAAGACCGGCAAGAACAAGUGGUUCUUCACCAAACUCCGCAUGAUUCGACAUGAUUCGACAUGA